AAUUGUUCGUGGUGGUCAUUUGCGGAUAAAGUCAUCAUCUUUGCUAGGGAACAAGUAAACAUGUUCAGUGUGGUUGUAAACUAAGUAUGAGAAAGUAGCUUUUUUGUCACAUAGUCGUAGUAAUGCAAAUGAUAACUAGUUGGGCUUGUGUGCGGAUCUACCUGAAAGUUAAGCCUAAUCAUAUCCUUACAUGUCACUGAUGUUAUCUUCCAGUUUAAAAAAAAUUAUAGGAUCUAGAAAUGAAGAAAAAACUACUGGUCAGACAAACGUGAGAAAGAGAUUUCUCAAUCUAAGUGAUUGUGAAGUAAGCAGUGAACUUGAACCAACAUUUGGUAGCAGCCCAGCCAAGCAAAGAAAAGUUGGGAGCAACAGUUGUGUUUCAUUCACCAAUGCAAAUCAGACAUCUGUUGGACAACAUUUUGCUGAUUGGGUUACAUGGAUGGUAGAGACAGCUUCUAGAAAUUACUUCAUAAACAGCAUCAUAAAUAUUUUUAGCACUUCUGAUCACACUGAAACCAUAGAGGAAGACAUGCCAUUAACUGAUUUCAGUGAUGCUGUGAAAAGAAAUCAGCCCUCACAGGAUAAAUGUUUUGAUAUAGAAAAAACAUCUGGCAGUGCAUGGAAAAAUGAAGAAUUGAAGAGAGCACCACUAAGAAUGUUGAAUGAUAAACCAAAGCAGCUAAAGAAACUUGUUCAACUAUCUUCAUCUUCAGAACCAACAUUUCAAUCUGAUUCUUCAAAGAGAGAAUCCAAAAGGGUAACAAAAACAAUUCCUCUUUGUAAGUCAAAUUUGAGUUCUAGGAAAGCUCUAGAGUCUGGAGAAAAAAAUGAAGAACAAAACGGACAUCAAAAGCCCCAGUUUUUCCAAAAAUUACCAGGAAAAGCUGUCAGGCAUAGAUCUGGCAGUAGUUUCAAAACAGAAGAGAAAUGGUUGUCUCUAACUGCACAAAUGAGUAUUCGUCUCCAGGAACGUGAGCAAUAUAGGAUGCUUCUUCAACAGUAUACAUCUGAGCCUAUGUUUCAUCAAGCUGCCACAUGGCAUACAAGCCCAACACUUCAAGAUGUUGCAGUACAAAGUGACCUCGCAAACGGAGAUGUUUGCAAGCCAUACCAUCCUCCAGCCUUUCAGAAAGAAAAGUUAGAUGUUGUGACAGCAGGGCAUCUUAUACACACUUUACAGAAUACCAAUGAAAAGAAACAGGUGCAUUUGUCUGUAAAAAGACAAGACCAAAGUAUUACUGAUAUGUGUCAGCCUCAGAAUCUUUUUUCUAAAACUCAGACAAGUAUAAAUAGGUCCAAACACAGUGAAGAAAACUUGCAAAGAGAAAAUACCAUUGACCAAAGCACAUCCUUAAAGGAAGAUGCCAGUGAUAACUCGGUUAUUAUUACCAGUUUUGUUCAUUCUCCUCAGAGAAAUCAGUCUACCAGGUCUCAGUUCAAGAGCUCUCCUUUCUUUUCUCCUAAAUGGCACAAAGAACUGAAAUGUUCUUUCAUGGACAAAUCAAAAGAAAGAGAACAGAUUUUCUUGACCAAAGAAAAGGAGAUUCAGAUUCUUCAAAAACAGAGAGAGGCAGACAGUGCAGUAUGGGAAGAAAAGUUAAGAAAGAGGCUAGAGCAAACUCAUAUUGCUGUUAUAUCUGAAAAAUAUGAAGAGGAAGAGGAAGACAUAAGCACUGAUUUUCCAGUACUUACUGAAGAAAUGGAAAGACUAGCAGAUGAUGCUUUGGAACCAACUCCUCCAGAUGAAGUUCUUGUUGAGGGUUUUAGAUUAUCAAUUAGAAGAAGAGACAUGGAAACGUUAUCAGGUCUUAGUUGGCUAAAUGAUGAGGUGAUAAAUUUUUAUAUGAAUCAAUUAAUGGAAAGAGGUAAACUGGACAGUUAUCCCUCAGUGUAUGCCUUUAACACCUUUUUCUACCCCAAACUUGCUGUUGGUGGUCACAGUGCCUUACGAAGGUGGACGAGGAAAAUUGACAUAUUCUCUUAUGACCUCUUACUAGUGCCAGUUCAUUUGGGAAUGCACUGGUGUUUAGCUGUGGUAGACUUCACUGAUAAAAAAAUUAAGUAUUAUGAUUCCAUGGGAGGCCAAAACAGUGAAUGUCUGAAAGCUCUUAGAACUUACUUACAAGAGGAAAGUUUGGAUAAAAAAAAGAAAGAGUUUGACAUGAGUGACUGGUCAUUAGAGAUUGUUAAGGAUAUUCCUCACCAGAUGAAUGGAAGUGACUGUGGAAUGUUUGCAUGCAAGUAUGCAGAAUAUGUUACACGUAGAGCAAAGAUAAACUUUACUCAGGCUCACAUGCCUUAUUUCCGGAGACGGAUGGUCUAUGAAAUCUUAACUAAAAAGCUUUUGUGAUAUUUCGAUGUCCAGUUGCCAUGUAUUACUUUCUGAUCAGCUUGUACAAAUACUUCAUAUUUCUGUUGAAAACUAAAUGCAAGGCUUUGAGUAUCAUGAUUUUUUUUUGUAAUUCUUGUAUUUUUCUGGAACAUUUUUUUUUAUAAUGUAAUAAGUGUAUUAUAAUAAAAUUAACCAUUCUGAAAUGUGAUUAGAAGACAAGGA